CCGGUGACACCAGAUCUCCUGGUGAGCCCCAGCAUCCAGGAUGGGGACCUGGCCUCUGAGUGCCCAGAAGACAGAGGGAACUGGACAGGACGGCUGGAUUUCCUUCUCUCCUGCAUCGGAUACUGUGUGGGCCUUGGAAAUGUUUGGAGGUUCCCCUACAGGGCUUACACCAAUGGAGGAGGAGCUUUCUUGGUUCCUUACUUCAUCAUGCUGGCCAUCUGUGGGAUCCCCAUCUUCUUCAUGGAGCUGUCACUUGGCCAGUUCUCCAGCCUGGGGCCACUUGCUGUCUGGAAGAUAAGCCCUCUCUUUAAAGGCGUUGGCAUGGGCACGAUCCUCAUCGUCUCCUUGGUGGCCAUUUACUACAAUAUGAUCAUUGCUUAUGUUCUCUUCUACCUCUUUGCGUCCCUCACAAGCGACUUGCCCUGGCAGCACUGCGGCAACUGGUGGAACACUGACCUGUGUCUGGACCACCAUAUCAUCAAGGCAGGGAACACCACGUUCCCCGUCAACAUCACCAACACCGUCAGCCCCAGCGAGGAGUACUGGAGCCGGUACGUCCUGCACAUCCAAGGGAGCUCAGGGAUUGGGGAUCCUGGGACAAUCCGCUGGAACUUGUGUCUGUGCCUGCUCCUUUCUUGGACUAUUGUCUACCUGUGCAUCCUAAAGGGAGUCAAAUCCUCUGGCAAGGUCGUGUACUUCACUGCCACCUUCCCAUACCUCAUCCUGGUGAUGCUGCUCAUUCGUGGUGUGACCCUGGAAGGGGCCUGGAAGGGGAUCCAGUUUUAUCUCACGCCCCAGUUUGAAUACUUGCUGUCUUCCAAGGUGUGGAUUGAGGCAGCCCUGCAGAUUUUCUACUCCCUUGGGGUGGGCUUCGGGGGCCUCCUCACCUUUGCCUCGUACAACACCUUCCAUCAGAAUAUUUACAGGGACACCUUCAUAGUCACCCUGGGCAAUGCCAUCACCAGCAUCCUGGCAGGGUUUGCCAUCUUCUCUGUUUUGGGAUACAUGUCCCAGGAGCUUGGGGUCCCUGUUAACCAGGUGGCAAAAGCAGGCCCUGGCUUGGCUUUUGUGGUGUACCCCCAGGCCAUGACAAUGCUCCCCCUUUCUCCAUUCUGGUCAUUCCUGUUCUUCUUCAUGCUGUUAACCUUGGGCCUGGACAGCCAGUUUGCAUUUAUGGAGACCAUUGUUACAGCAGUAACAGAUGAAUUUCCCUACUACCUGCGGCCAAAGAAAGCUUUGUUCUCAGCUGUCAUCUGCAUCAUCCUCUUCCUGAUGGGGCUCAUCCUCACAACUGAGGGUGGGAUGUACUGGCUGGUCCUACUGGAUGACUACAGUGCUGGCUUUGGUCUCAUGGUGGUAGUCAUCACUACCUGCCUCGUGGUGACACGUGUCUAUGGCAUGAAGAGGUUCUGCCGAGAUAUCCACAUGAUGCUGGGCUUCAAACCAGGGCCCUACUUCAGAGCCUGCUGGACAGUUCUAUCCCCAGCAACAAUGAUGGCUCUGUUGGUGUAUAACAUUGUCAAGUACCAGCCCUCCGAGUACGGCAGCUACCGCUUCCCCACCUGGGCCGAGGUCUUGGGCAUCCUCAUGGGAGUCCUAUCCUGCCUGAUGAUUCCCAUGGGCAUGGUGGUGGCUGUGCUCCAAGAAGAAGGGACGCUGUGGGAGCGAGUCCAGCAAGCCAGCCGGCCCACCAUGGACUGGGGCCCGUCGCUGGAGGAGAACAGGACUGGCAUGUACGUGGCAAGCCUGCCUGGCAGCCAGUCCCCCAAGCCACUGAUGGUCCACAUGCGGAAAUACGGAGGCAUCACCAGCUUUGAGAACACGGCCAUUGAGGUGGACCGGGAGAUGGAGGAGGAAGAUGAGGAGGAGUCCAUGAUGUGA